CGCCAGGCAUUGUGGGUGGCCGGCCGGGGUCUCCUGGAGACAACCAUGGCUGGGGAUGUGCGAGGUCGCGGUUGCCCAGGCUCGGAGAUGCUCUUGCACCCGGAGCUGCUGUCCCAGGAAUUCCUGCUGCUCACGCUGGAGCAGAAGAAUAUAGUUGUUGAAGAGGAAAUAAAGAUCAGCAAAGAUGACCUUACCAAUCUCUAUGUUCAACAUGCCAUACCAUUGCCUCAAAGGGAAUUACCAAAAAGUAGAUGGGGGAAAAUGAUGGAAAAGAAAAGAGGGCAAAAUGAAUUGAAAAAUGAGCAUAAAAGGGAUAUGUGUGUGGAAGGUUUACGGAAAAGACCCCUCAUUGUCUUUGAUGGAAAUUCAACGAGUACAAGCAUAAAAGUGAGAAAGACUGAAAAUGGAACUAAUGAUCAUCUGAAGCCUCCUUCAGUAGGCAUUACUAACAAUACCUUUAGGAAGUUACCAAAUUCAAAUGCUUCCUCCCUUAUUCUGCCUUCCACUUUGCCUACAGACAUUAAAGUGGAAGCCAGUAAUGACACUAAACAGAACCAUGUGCUAAUGACUAGUAGGAGUACAUUGGCCAAUGUAAAAUCACCACCUUUAUCUCCUGUUGGGGGAACUACUGUUGUGAAGUUAAAGAGAACUGUUCCAAAAGAAGAAGCAGAAUCAGUGAGUGAAUUAAAGCCCACAGAAGCAAAAAGGAAGAUCCAGCAUGUUACAUGGCCAUGAAUGGAUGGGGUUCCCCAAAAUGUAAAUAUAUCCUAUAACCAUAGAUUUCAGAACAAAAAGGUCACAUUUAUUGACCAGUUUAAGUACUAUAUUUACAGGGAUUCUGAUUGCUGUGGAAUUUUCUUAAAAGGUUUAAGACAGCCUUGCAGAUAAGUUCCAAAAAUUUACCUUCCCCGCACACAUUUUUUUUCUUUUUAAUGCUUCCCCCUCAUACACUGGUAGCCAAAUCAUUAAAAAUCAGUAUUUUUUACUAAAGGCCUAAUAUGUCAUUAAUCACCUUGGCCAAACGGCUGUUUGCAAGUUUAAUGAUAAGCUUUCUGAUUCAGCACAAAAAAUAAUUUUCCCCAGACAACUUCAGAGUAUGUAACAAUUUUCUAAAUUUUUGUUCAUCUUCCACUCUUUGUUAUAGGCAGUUUAGUGGGUUUCCUCCGUCAGUGUGUGUGCAGUGGAAGAAUGGUUGUCAUAUAGAUGUAUCAGCAAAUAUUACUAAACUAAUUCCCAAGAGAUCACCAAAUAAAGUGAAUUCAUAACAUGGCUCUUAAACAUACAGAAUUUACCUGUGAGCUGCUGCUGCUUUUAUGUUUUCCUCUAGCCACAGGUAACAAAAAGAAGUAGCUGCUGCUACUUUCAUUGAUGGAACUAGUAAUAAUGGCAGAUUGGUUAGUUAUGAAUUUAUUGAGUCUAAUGAUGUUUAAUUUAAAGUUUACCCACCUGUGGAAAUUUACAUGUGACUCUUUGAUCUGUUAUGGUCUUGCAGUUGAGAAUACAGUAUCACUCACUGCAAGUGAAUUUGAGCAUAUAGAAAUGAUCAACUCAUAUUUAAUCUAAAGGCCUAUUAAAAUAGUAGCAGCAGCUGUUGACACUGUGUGCUACCAUAGGCAGCCCUAUUAGAUACUGUCAGUACUCCUACGUAAGAAAGAGACUUGUAUUAGUUGUAUGUAUAGAGGCAAGGGGAAAUGGUCUGGAAUGGACAGAAGAAAAGAUUCUGGAGCUAGAAAUUUGCUACAAAGGAAAUCUGAACUGCCCGAUUGAACUCUUAACUAGGUAUAACACUGCUGGUAUGUUUUAAAAUGGCCUGCCAUGUGAAUGGCCAUUGUCUUAACUCUAAUCACCAAAACAUUUUAAUUCAUUGAAUAAUUUGUUUCAGUGGGCAUGCAGCUCUGAUUUUGCUGUGGAAGCCAGUGGUAAAGAAGGAUUCACUUUACAUUAAUAUGCUUUACAUCUAACUUUUCUUGAAAACAUUGCUUACGUAAAGUACUUGUAUGGUUGACCUUCAACUUGGGGUAGGAUUUUUCCAACAUUUGUAGAGUAGUCCCUUUACUUUUUGAUGCUGAGCUUAUUUAUUUGAGUUUAGUGCUUGACUAGCCUUACAAACUGUAAUUUAUCUUUGUGGAUAAUACUUUAUUAAAUUCCAACCAAUGAUUUCUUUUUUUUAAGCAUCAUAUUCAGCUCAGGCUGUAUAACCUGUACUAUGUAUAGUUAAAUAGAUAAAGCCUAGGUGUUGAUGAUUUUUGGAUAUGUGGUAAUCUGCAGGGCUGAUUUAUAUGGUCUUAGAGGACAACUACAGUCAUAAAUGCGUCUGUUUGAGUAUUUACACAAUUGCAAAUUUGUAGUAGUAUGAUAGAUUAUAUUUUGCAUUCUGUAGUCACACUUAGCUUUCAUUUCCAUUUCUCUCAGUGGAGCGAAAAUUAUCCUAUUGGCAAUUCUUAGUCAAUGGAAACAUUGUAAUUGCUUUUAUUACUCAAUGAAAUUAAUUUCUUAUUUGUGUGUUUAACAAACAGGUUAAGUUGGUAAUAACAGCUGAACUGUGUAACACCAUUGCUUCAAAUUGAAGUUUAUAUUAUGGUCAUUCAGAGUAAAUGUACAUAUGGCAGCACAUUAUUAAACUAUUUUUUCUGUUUGAAACAUUGUGGAGAAGUCAGAAUAGAAGAGUGCCAUGCCACGUACGUAUGUAAUAUGAGCAUCCUCUCAAGGUAUAGAUGCAUUUUCUCUUAAUCCAAGAAAAACCUUUCUCCACAUAAUAAUGCACAUUAAAGGACAGGUGUUGGAGAGUAAAAGUGUUGGAAGCUCAAUGUUUUAAAUUUUUGUGUAGUGUGUUUAAUGUCUCUAUUUUUAUGAUGGUUUCAAAGGGCUUUGGAAGAACUUGAUUUGAACUUAGAAGAACUUCUUUCAGGAUUUUCCUUUAUUCACUAACAUUUUUCAAGUCUAAGUUGUAGUUUCUAAUUCUACCAUCCACAAGAGCCAGAUUCUCUUAGUGUAGGGGUAGGCAUCGUAGUAUUGGUGUCACUAUGUGGCCUGAUGAAAUUUUAGUGGCAUUACGUCACUUCUCCCAUCAUAUAUACCUUUUUCUUUAGGUUUUUUUAUUCCUUUUUCCUUCCUCUUGAGUUUCCUUUAUUUUUGUCCAUUUUUUCCCCUUCUCCACUGCCUAAGCUUGAGUCUUGCCAAUGGCCCCCGUGGGCAUUUGGUCUAUUGAUGACAUUGAGGGCAGAAGGGAUUACUUGCUCCUGCCUUCUGUCUAAGCCCUGGGUGUUGCUUUCACUUUUGAGCCAUAAGACUCUUGUUAACUACAGAUAGCAUUAUACAGAUAAAUAGUAUCACUGGUCUAAAACGUAAUGUACCAUUUAAAAAUCUCAUAUUUAAACCUAGAAAGUUACUAGGCACUAGGAGAAGCUGGCUCAACUAAUAUUAUGACCAUGAUCUGUAUGUCUUUAUUGAAACUCUUCACAAUACGCUUCUUGGAGUUAUAUUUUCCUUGACUUAAGCUGUGGAAGAGGGUCCUAAAAGUGAUCUGAAAGCUCAUGAAGUAGCAAUUAAUUACCUUUUUUAAAGUUUACAUUAAGUAAAAAUACCAAUAGAUUGUCAUAAAUAAGUAUUAGCUUCCCUUCUUCACUAUUGUGGAUUUUCAAUUACAUGUAGAUGCUGUAAUAUGGUCAAAAUGUUCUUUUUUAAAAAGUGUGCUCUUUUACUAAAUACUUGUGCAGGUUUUGUACUUCAGUACAGGAAAGUUUAAUAUUGUAAUGUACAUUUUUUGUAUGUAAAAAUUCUUUUAAGUAGCCUUAUCCUUAUUUAAAUAAAAUUAAUUCAACUCUC